ACGAGCACGCCAUCGCCAGUUUGUUGUUUAUAUACCCUGAGUCGGAUCGGAGCGGCAGGGACGACAUAGAGGAGGAUAUUCUUCUGUUUCAAACAGCUUUUUGUUUGAUGUUUUCGGUUCCCGAGCCGAGGCCAAAAAUCGAGGGCUACAUCGAGACCGUCGUCUCCAGGUACAGCGACGAGGAGUUCCGACGGAACUUCAGGCUUCACAGGAGUACCUGCGAGAAAUUGAUUGCCGACUUCGCGGCAUCAACUGCAUACCCUGACAGGUCAACUCACGGAGGAACACCGCAGAAGACGCCUGAGCAUCACAUUCUCGUCUUCCUAUGGUAUGCUGGCAACAAAACGUCCAUCCGAGAUGUAGCUGGACGCUUUGGAGUGAGUGAGAGCACGUGCCACGCUAUGAUAACACGAGUGAUGACGCAUCUAUGCCAGAUCGCCUACAGGGUUAUCAGAUUUCCAUCUGACCUCGACAAGCUCUCCAGCGAUUUUGAGCAGGUCUCUGGCAUGCCUGGAGUCAUCGGAUGUAUCGACGGGUCAUACAUUCCCAUCCGGUGCCCUGCAGACAAGAUAAGGAGCACAUACAUCAACAGGCAUGAUAUACUGUCCAUCACGGUCCAAGGCAUCUGUGACCACAAGAGACGCUUAUUAGACGUGUCGGUAGGGUGCCCGAGCAAGAUUCAUGACGGGAGAGUUUUUAAGCUUUCGACUGUUUCCAAGCGCAUCCCAACUCUUUGUAAAGGAGCAAAGUACCAUCUCCUUGGGGACGCUGCAUAUCCAUGCAGGGAGUACCUUGUUCCACCAUACAAGGACUAUGGGAACCUCAGUCCCAAGCAGCAUGCCUUCAACACGAAACUGAGCUCGACACGAGUGCUCAUUGAGAACGCCUUUGGCAUUCUUAAGAACAGGUUUAGGCAGCUGAAGGUCCUGGAGUUCAUUUCUGUGGAAAGAAUGUGCCAGUUUACCAUGUCGUGCUGCGUUAUCCACAAUCUGUGUAUUGACGGAGAUGACCUCAUGGACCCAGGGGCUCCCGAGCCAACCAAGCGCACAACUCCCUACGAAGACGAGGACGAGGUGGAGGCUGCGCUACGAGUCUUGGGGGAGAAGAAGCGCAGCGCACUCGUGAGGAUGGUUUGCUGAAAAGGCAAACCGUCCUCACUUUAUGCCUUGAUCUCCCUCUUCCAGCAACUGAGUUAAUGUGAGAAAAGCAGAAACUUUGGGACUUUUAUUUUGUCUAGAUUGGGCUAUGUUCAUGCUAUGGGUGCAAAGUGCUGAUCUUUCCUAACAUAUGCAAAUGUAAGCACAACCAAACUACUGACAUUUGC